GACUGUUGAAGCCUUACUGCCUCAGGCUGCAACACGCUAGUUUCUCCGCCUCCCGAUGGAACCUCAACCUGGGCCGAUUCACCACAUCCUGUGUGUCCCAGCUGCAAGAGAGAACCCCGUCGGCUUUCCUUUUGGGUCAAUUCCUUUUCUCUGCCUCACAACCCUUAGGUCACAAUGCGAUCUACACUUCGGCUGCUGGCCAGCGUCAAACCGGCCCGGUAUUUGGAGCCUUUCGCUCCGACCGGUUUGACUGGUCUGCAGACACACCCAAGCCCUCGUCCCACCCUGAUCUACCUCUACACAUCGACGCUGCAGAAACUAAAGGCUUUCCCUGAAUCUUCAGUCUAUCGCCAGUCCACUGAAGCAUUGACCCGCCAGCGCCUGCAAAUUAUCGAGUCCACGAAGCCGCCCGGAUUUGACGCUUGGUUGGAGCGCGUUAGGAAGACCGUGGGUGCCGAGCCUGAGCGAUUCGUAUCCCUUCGCCAGGCAGAUGGAACUUACGCCGGUGCUUUGCGCGAUGACAACAGCGAUAACCCUCGCGGAGAGGAAUGGGAUGGAGAACAGUUGGAACCAACCACCGAGGGCCCUGCUCGUACACCGGAACAACAGGCCCGCUGGGAGAAAGACAUGGAGGAGGGUACCUCCGCUGCUUCAGAAGCGGAUUCGGAUUUCCACAACCUCCAGAUGAAGUGGGAGAAUGAGCCUGCCCUGGAGGCUGAGCAGGUUUCCGAAAUUGAGAAGCAAAUUGGCGCAGGCCUCAUUGAGGAGGUUAUUCAAGUGGCCGAGGGUGAGCUGAAACUGGUGGAUGCGCUGUACAAGUCCAAGGCCUGGGAGGAGCUGGAAGAGAAACCUAGACCCGGACAGUGGACUUACUUUGAACGCAAGUAAACGGUCGUUGCUACAAUGGAUGAUUGAUAGAACCUCGAAUUACCUGUACUUAUUAGCCGACGCCGGCCAUCCGGCUGGGCGCUUCUGUGACAAUUACAUCUUCCAUGGUUGCAUAGAUUCCUUAUUUCAUUUAAUGUGUCUUGUUCCUUUUCCCUCUCGCUGUCCAUCUCUUACUGGGUUGCCCGGUUGUAUUGUUGUAUACUUUGCGUGGCUCAGGUGACCGGGGAGGGCCAAUGACUUUGCACCGGGAUCCUAGGAUAAACGCUAGAUCCACCAUAGAAAAAGAUAAACCCAAUCAACUCGAGAAUAAUAAUUAGGAAUCAUCGCC